AUGGUGGAAAACGGCGGGGCCAAGGGUAUAUACACAAACAGUGGGUACAUUUGUUCGUUUGUUCAAAUCUGCCAGACGAGGGCAGAUGAGCCUAAUUCGAGGCGAGCGGCAGUUGGAGAGCUGCUUGAGGCCGUCUGCGGUGGCGGCGACAGACGCCGGUUACUGGCCCGUCAGGAGUUGGGUUGUCUGGCGGCCUGUCGCCCGCUUGGCCGUUGCCGUGUCCGUGUCUGUCUGGGCCGCCGCCGCCGCCGUCGCCGCCGCCUCGAGAUAGAAGCGCAA